AUGGCAUUACUGCUUUCGGAAUCCUGAUAAAACAACACAAACUUCUGUUCAUUGGUAUUAGGGACAGUAUAGGGUGAGUGCUUAAAAACUGCCUUGGCUUUCCAAUGUAUUUCUUCACAACUUCCAAUCAUCUCUAGGGAACCUAGGAGAAAUAAUUCCACAGAACAAAAGUUAUAAUACAAAAAGUGAUACAAGGAGGAUGCAGACUCUUAAUGACGUCAGGGUGUUCCCGGGACCCGCCCACCGUGGCCGUUUUCCACCUACAGCCAGGCGCCUCAGGGGCGGGGCUUGCGCAGGGUUAACGUCACUACUGAGCGCCGGGCGCGUUCCGUUGGCGGCGCAUUCGAACGUUUGGAUCGCGGUUGCUGGGCCUGAAGAAGCGUCACAGGGACCGGAUUGUUUUCCCUGAGCUUGUGUGCGGUGCAGGGAACACCUCGGAAGCUGAGGCAGCUGAUACCUGACGGAGAGGAUGGCACUGUCGAGCACAGUCUCCCAAAGGAAGCAGAUAAAGCGGAAGGCUCCCCGUGGCUUUCUAAAGCGAGUCUUCAAGCGACAGAAGCCUCAACUUCGUCUGGAGAAAAGUGGUGAUUUACUGGUUCAUCUGAGCUGUUUACUGUUUGUUCAUCGAUUAGCAGAAGAGUCCAGGACAAACGCUUGUGAAAAUAAAUGUAGAGUCAUUAACAAGGAACAUGUACUGGCCGCAGCAAAGGUAAUUCUAAAGAAGAGCCGAGGUUAGAAGUCAAAGAACAUAUUCUUGAAAGUUAUUAUGAUGCAUUCUUUUGGGUGGUAACAGGUCAUAAAGACAUUUUUUUAUACAUCAAUUACUAUGGGAUUAUUAAAUAUUGGCUAGAAGAGA